GAUCUUCUGCGAUAAGAGUGAUGCUGCGAUCAUAAGAAUGAUGCAGCAGGCUAGUUCAUCAACAACAACAUGGUAUGAGCUGUUUUUGCACCAGAAGCCGCGCACCAUUGAGUGCUGGCGUUCACGACUUGCGUGGCGUGGACUUGUGUCCCUGCCCCAAUGUUGUCGCAGCGAUAUUGGCCCUCAGCCGCGUGCCUCUUCUUGGCGGCGAAUUACCUUCUCUUCCAUGGAAUCAGUUGCGAGAAGGAGAAGAGGGUCGUCCUCGAGUGGGACGGAGACCGCUUCGAGUGGGACUCGAGAAGGAGAAGAGGGUCGUCCUCGAGUGGGACUAAAUUUCUAAGAUCGUUCUAUACAUCUUCAGAGGCUCUUGAAGGGAAUAAUACGAUCUCCACAAGGGGAUCUUAUCCUUGAAGUGGAAAACCUUUUUGUACUUAUAGAUACUUCCACGGGGGGAAACAAAAGGUUUAUAAGAAUAAGAGGCUCUUGAAGGGACGCGGCUAAGUCUCAAGCAGCAUUUCCAAGAAAUAACUAGGUACUUUUCGGACGAUGGCUCUUUGUUGUUCUCCGUGACGCUCCAAAUUUACGAGGCCCCGUUCAGUUCUCUUGUUCAGUUCUCUCUCUCUCUGGCAUGCAC